ACACUUGUGCUGGCCCUGGCCACGCUGAUCGCUGCCUUUGGGUCUUCCUUCCAGUAUGGGUACAAUGUAGCUGUUAUCAACUCCCCUGCGGAGAUCAUGAAGGAGUUUUACAAUUUUACCUACAAUGAAAGAAGCGGUGAAUACAUGAGUGAUUUCUCCCUGACCUUGCUGUGGUCUGUCUCUGUGUCCAUGUUCCCCUUCGGAGGCUUUCUUGGAUCCCUCCUGGUUGGCCCCUUGGUGACUAGACUUGGCAGAAAAGGGACCUUGCUGUUCAACAACAUAUUUUCCAUCGUGCCUGCAAUCUUAAUGGGCUGCAGCAAAGUUGCCAAGACAUUUGAGAUGAUCAUUUGUUCCAGACUUUUGGUGGGAAUAUGUGCAGGUCUGUCUUCCAACGUGGUCCCUAUGUACCUGGGGGAGCUGGCCCCUAAGAACAUGAGGGGUGCCCUUGGAGUAGUGCCCCAGCUCUUCAUCACUGUCGGGAUCCUCGUGGCCCAGCUCUUUGGAUUCCGGAGUGUCCUCACAAGUGAAGAAGGUUGGCCAAUUCUCCUAGGGCUGACUGGAGUCCCUGCAGCACUCCAAGUUUUGCUCCUGCCCUUCUUCCCUGAGAGCCCCAGAUACCUGCUGGUUCAGAAAAAGGAUGAAGUCGCUGCCAAGAAUGCUUUGAAGAGGCUGCGAGGCUGGGACAAUGUGGAUGAGGAGAUGGAGGAGAUCCGGCAAGAGGAUGAGGCAGAGCGUGAGGCCGGCACCGUCUCUGUGCUGAAGCUGUUCAGGAUGCGGUCCCUGCGGUGGCAGGUCAUCACUAUCAUCAUCCUCAUGGGUGGCCAGCAGCUGUCAGGGGUCAAUGCGAUCUACUACUAUGCAGACCAGAUCUACCUCAGCGCUGGUGUGAAGGAUGCUGAGGUCCAGUAUGUGACAGCAGGCACAGGGGCCGUCAACGUGGUGAUGACCAUCUGUGCUGUAUUUGUGGUGGAGCUGCUGGGCAGGAGACUUCUGAUCCUCCUCGGCUUCUCCAUCUGCUGCACGGCCUGCUGUGUGCUGACGGCCGCCCUGGUGCUGCAGGAGACAAUAUCCUGGAUGCCUUACAUCAGCAUUGUCUGUGUCAUCUCCUAUGUCAUAGGACAUGCCAUCGGGCCCAGUCCCAUUCCUGCAUUGCUCAUCACCGAGAUCUUCCUGCAGUCUUCUCGGCCGGCCGCCUUCAUGGUAGGGGGCAGCGUGCACUGGCUCUCCAACUUCACCGUGGGCUUGAUCUUUCCCUUUAUUCAGGUUGGCUUGGGAGCUUAUAGCUUCAUCAUUUUUGCUGUGAUAUGUCUUCUCACCACCAUUUACACCUUCCUGAUUGUCCCUGAGACCAAAGCCAAGACAUUUAUUGAGAUCAAUCAGAUUUUCACCAAGAUGAAUAAGGUGUCAGAGGUGCACCCAGAAAAGGAGGAACUAAGGGAUCUUCCACCUUCUACUUUUGGACAAUAA